AUGGCGCUGCCAGAACCUGAUGGCGGUCAAUCUGACGCGAAGCAACCGAAGGGAGGCCUCCCACGCCGCGAGCUGGAUGCUUUACGCUGGAAGAACACACUGGCAUCCGUUUGUAUGUUUGGUGCAAUCAGUGGCAUAUUCGGAAUGUCGCCGCUUGCACAUCUGAUGAACCAGCACACACCAGCGCACCUGAAGUGGCUGGCACCUGGAGUCACCGUACCCGCGGUGACACACUUUCUGGCACAAGUGGUAGUGCUGCCCCUGACUGGCGGUAUGUCCAAGAAGCUGAAACCGCUGCAAAUCUGGCUGCUGGUUGCUGUUGGUAUGGCGAGCCCGCUGUCAAUCGGCCUGAGUUCAUUGGAAGGCAUGUUCUGGCUUCAAUAUGUUGGUGCUGCCUUGGCUUCUGUCGGCGUAGCCUGCUCUUUGGAAUACACGCAGGUCGUCGUCCUGCAGUGGUGGGCCAUUGACGGCAGGCAAAAUUUGGGCCUCGCCUUCCAGGGAGCCCUGAUGGCCAGCUUGAUGGUUGUCAUCUCCUUGCUGUUGGGCAUCAGCGGCAGUUCCUGGGGCCUUGCUGGAGCAGCCUACUCCGAAGUUUGCUUCCUGGCAGUCAUGAAUCUCUAUCCACUGCUUCUUGCAUGCCGAGGUGAACUUGGCCCGCCGGCAGCAGAUUUGACAACAACGCAUGGAAUUCAACGAGCCUCAGAAUCACUGCCGGCAGGGUCUCCAGCAUCUCGAGCGACUUUGGGCACACUGAUACGAUCUGCGGGCUUCUGGCACAUUGCGAUGCAUCAGUUUCUGGUUCCUUUUAGCGGCUUUGGAAUAAAGCUGCUCCUGACCUCCAUCUUCGAAGCCGCUUAUGGUACCUCCUUCUUGCAUUCGGCGUACCUCGCAAGUCUCAGCAUGGUUCUUUUUGUUUUGACUCGUAUGCUAUUCCCUCUCAUCAGCCGAGCUGUCCCGAUAUUCUUGGUGCUCGGCAUCAUGCUGCUACUUAACUCUGUCCUUUAUGCAGCUUUUCCCCUCAUCAUCGCCCACCUUCCUGUGUGGUGGCUGCUUGCUGCAAAAUCCAUGGCCGGCGCCAUUUUCGCAGGCAUGCUCUGCCUGAAUCCUCUGGUGCUGCUUCAACUCUAUGGCCCUGCAGAUCUCCCAGCGGUUUUUGCAGCGGCAGGGCCUGCUCGAGGCCUCGGCUUCGCGCUGGGACCUGCAGCUGCGUAUUACCUCUCCUUGGCAAGCCAAGACGACGGCACGGAGCUGCAAAGCUCUUAUGACCCUUUUUUCUACAUCUGCGCCGCCUUGAGCUUGGUCGCGGCCAUGAACAUGGCGUGCUUGCGAAGAGUCAGCAUGCACAGAUAG